UCUCCUCCCCUUCCCUGGUUGUCCUCCCCUGGCUUCCCUCCCUCCCUCCUCCAGCCACCCCUUUCUCUCCUUCCCCUCCUCCCUUUUUCUCUCCCCUCCCCCUUCUCUCUCCCUCCUCCCUCUUCCUCCUCCUUUCUCUCUCCCCUCCUUUUCCUUCCCUCCUCUCUCCCUCCUCCCUCUCCCUCCUCUCACCUUCCCUUCCCUUUUUCUCUCCCUCCCCCCUUCCCUCUUGCCCUAUUUCCCUUUCCCUCCUCCCUCUCUUGGCUUUCCCUCCCCCCUCUUUCCUCCCCUUCCCCCCUCCAGAGGCAGGAACAGUUUUACCGCGUUUUGCCUUUCAGGGGCAGCAGUUAGAGCAAAACAGGGGAGACUAGCAUCACGCAUGCGCACCCCCUCCCCCGCCUGGCAUAACUGGAAUCUCGAAUGACAGCGCUGGGAGCGGCUGCGCCCGCACUGGUAGAACAGGGGUACUGCCGCUUUAAGCACGCUCGCCCAUUGUUCGAGUCCGGACCAAUGAGAGAGCGCACGCUCCCCGGGCUCAGCCAAUGGCGACACAGCAGGGGAGGCCGCGCCCCGCCCACUACUCUAUAUUAAAGGGCCUGGCGCCUCGUGAGUCCCCCACUGGCUGCUCGGAAAAGCCAUCUUUGCAUUGUUCCCGGCCGCUUCUGUGUGCUGGGUAUCGCAUCUCUUCUUCCCGCUGCAGCCGCUGCUAUCUUAAGCUCUUGCCCGCCCAGCCCCUUCUCUGCUGCCCGCCUGCUGCUUCCAGUUCGCACCUCGGCGGCGUGCUUGUGUGUGGGCUGCCCCUCCUCACGCGUAGGAUUCUCCUGCCACCUGCGCCCUCGGCUCAACGACCCCUCGAGCAUCCCUCGUCGGCUCGUCCGCCUGGCAGCUGCCCCCGCCCCACCAUGUCAGACACCGCCGUGGACACCAGCUCCGAGAUCUCGACCAAGGACUUGAAAGAGAAGAAGGAAGUGGUGGAGGAGACGGAGAACGGCCGUGAUGCCCCCGCUAACGGGAACGCGAACGAGGAGAACGGCGAGCAGGAGGCUGACAACGAGGUAGACGAAGAGGAAGAAGAGGGAGGCGAAGAGGAAGAUGAAGAAGAAGAAGGCGAUGGCGAGGAAGAAGAUGGAGAUGAGGACGAUGAUGCUGAGACAGCUACGGGCAAGCGGGCAGCUGAGGACGAUGAGGAGGAGGAAUCGGACACCAAGAAGCAGAAAACUGAUGAGGAUGACUAGAUCGCAAAAAAACGAAAAAGAAAAAAAAAGGGAAAAAUGUAAAUUUAAAAAAAGCAAGAAAAGAAAAGGCCGCAGUGACCUGUCCACCCUCCACUUCCCGUCUCAGAAUCUACACGUGGUCACCUUCGAGCAGAGGCCCGGCCCACGGGCGCCGCCACCACCCUCGCAGACGACACGCUCCUGACCGACCGCCCGCCCGCCACCACCCGCCCAGACUUCCACCAGGGGAGGGAGACCAGACCAAAUCCUCCAAGGCCCUGCUUUUUUUCUUAAAAGUACUUUAAAGGAAAAUUUGUUUGUAUUUUUUAUUUACAUUUUAUAUUUUUGUACAUAUCGUUAGGGGGUCAGCCAUUUCUCGUGCUCUCGGACGACCAAACAGCCUUGCCGUGUUCUCUGUCCCGCUUCUGGCUUCGCUUGUCGUGUGACCAUGUUCCUUACGAUCUCGAAGGAGAAACAACCUUGUAAAAAAAGCAAAAACGACGACAAAAACACAAUCUGAUUCCGAGCAUUCCAAUAACUUUUUGUGUCUGUACUUAGCUGUACAAUAAAUAGUUGGUUCGUAUGAGAUGGUUAAAAGGCCAAAGAUAAAAGGUAUUUCUUUUUUUUCCUUUUUUUUUCCUUUGUCUAUGAAGUUGCUCUUUGGGGGUUUUGGUUUUGUUUUUUUUGUUUUUUUUGGUUUUGUUUUUUGUUUUGUUUAAACAUUUUUUUUGGCCUGUUUGAUGUAUGUGUGAAACCUGUUGUCCAACAAUAAACCGGAAUUUUAUUUUGCUGA